AUGCCAGGACUAAGCUGUAGAUUCUACCAGCAUAAAUUUCCAGAGGUGGAAGAUGUAGUGAUGGUCAACGUUCGGUCCAUCGCUGAAAUGGGAGCCUACGUCAGCCUGCUGGAGUACAACAACAUUGAAGGCAUGAUCCUUCUCAGUGAGCUGUCCAGGAGACGUAUUCGUUCCAUAAACAAACUCAUCCGCAUCGGGAGGAAUGAAUGCGUCGUGGUCAUAAGAGUUGACAAAGAGAAAGGUUAUAUUGACUUGUCAAAAAGAAGAGUUUCUCCAGAGGAGGCAAUCAAAUGUGAAGACAAAUUCACAAAAUCAAAGACCGUUUACAGCAUCCUUCGCCACGUUGCUGAAGUCCUGGAGUACACUAAGGACGAGCAGCUUGAGAGUCUGUUCCAGAGAACUGCCUGGGUGUUUGACGACAAGUACAAAAGGCCGGGAUAUGGUGCUUAUGAUGCAUUCAAGCAUGCAGUCUCAGACCCUACAAUUCUGGAUAGCCUAGAUCUGACAGAGGAGGAGAGGCGCGUAUUGAUUGAUAAUAUUAACAGACGUCUGACCCCGCAAGCAGUCAAAAUCCGAGCUGAUAUUGAGGUGGCCUGUUAUGGUUAUGAAGGCAUAGAUGCAGUAAAAGAAGCUUUGAGAGCAGGCUUGAACUGUUCCACGGAGAACAUGCCCAUUAAAAUUAACCUGAUAGCCCCUCCUCGUUAUGUGAUGACUACAACAACACUGGAGAGAACUGAAGGACUGUCUGUUCUGAAUCAAGCCAUGGCUGUAAUUAAAGAAAAAAUUGAGGAGAAGAGAGGAGUCUUUAAUGUGCAAAUGGAGCCUAAGGUGGUUACUGACACAGAUGAGACUGAGCUUGCAAGGCAGUUGGAGAGACUGGAGAGGGAAAACGCUGAAGUGGAUGGGGAUGAUGAUGCUGAGGAGAUGGAAGCCAAAACUGAAGACUAAGUGUUCUGGGAUAUUUAGAAGAGACACCACAUGAAAAAUUAGAGACCCCGUUGCAAACACUCUGGACUAAAUGUUUCCAGUAUUGAAAACUUCCAGUGCAAAUACUUGAAGUGUUUUACUGUUUUAGUAAGACCAAAAUGUAAAAGGCUCUUCUAAAUAACAUUUGAUGCAGCAGCUUACACAAAUUGAAUCCUUUGCAAGGAAGGUGCCUAGCCAAAUUCAAGACAGAUCUGGCCAGAAGGAAGUUGCAGCCCCAUACUUAAUAUUUUCAUACCUAACACUUCCUAGUUGGUAAUUACAGCUCAGUGCAUCUGUUAAUGAUCUUUCCUGGGAGCACCAAAACCAAGUAAGCUGAACAGUUCUAUACAGAAUGUAUUUGGGCAAAUGUUCAAUAAAUUUCUGGGCUGUGUAACACCAA